CUCAAGAUUGACUCCCACAGAACAAGAUUGCAAACGAACCUACCAUUCUUGCCGCCAAACGGAUCACUUCAAAAAAGGGACCUAUCGGUCAUUUUGAAAAAUCAUGAGGAUAUAUUGGUCCUUUGACCAGGCAUCUCAACAGGAUAAGAUGGAAAGGAAAGCUGAAAGAUCAAAGAUGAGAGGAACUGAGGAAGCCUCUUCUUGAGUAUACUGAUUCUUUAAAUGGAACUCUGCAACUGUUUCAUUUCCAUUAACAAAAGACCUCCAAAUUUCUUCCACACAGUCGUUCGAGGUUCCAUCAGGAGCUCAGCUUCGACCUCUAAUGGUCACGAAACUACAAGGGUUAAGUUAGCAGAGGAACUUCAAAGGGAGACGGAGAGAACUCUAGAAUGGCAAUCCGUCUGUCUACAAGUAUCUAAUUUCACUUCUACUAGUAUGGGUCUCACCAUUGCUCGAAACGGGAAUCUUCCUUUUGGUCGGAGCCGGGAAGAAAGCCAGAAGCUGUUGAAUCAGACGACGGCUGCGCUGCUCCUUCCUCGGCCAUUGAACUUUUCGGGAAUCGAAGACAUAUCGGAUAUUGUGAGUUCCUCUGUAUUGCGACAAUUGAGGACAAUUAACGAGUUGUGUGCGGUCAAGAGUACUCUUCGAUCUGCAAGGGAGUUAUAUCUGCAGUUGAAGGAGUUAUCAUUAGAUGGUGAUUCUAUAGAUAGGUACUCACCGCUGCUGGAAAUACUUGAUAAUUGCGAUUUCGUGACAGAUUUAGAGCAGAAAAUCGGAUUCUGCAUUGAUUGUAAUCUUUCAGUAAUUCUUGACCGGGCUAGUGAAGAUUUGGAAAUCAUUAGGUUAGAAAGAAAGAGGAAUAUGGAGAACCUAGAAUCUCUACUGAAGGAAGUCUCCACUAAGAUUUUCCAGGCUGGAGGAAUUGACACCCCAUUGGUUACCAAGCGUCGGUCGAGGAUGUGUGUUGGUGUCAGGGCUUCCCAUAAAUUUCUGCUUCAAGAUGGUGUGGUUCUGGACAUUAGCAGCUCUGGAGCAACAUACUUUAUGGAGCCAAGAGAUGCAGUGGAGUUGAACAACAUGGAAGUAAGGCUUUCAAGCUCUGAGAAUGAUGAGAAGCUAGCAAUUAUUAGUUUGCUUACAUCUGAAAUAGCGGAAUCGGAAAGAAAGAUUAAAUAUUUGUUGGAGAGAAUUCUUGAAGUGGAUUUUGCUUUUGCUAGAGCUUCUUAUGCUCAGUGGAUGAAUGGGGUCUGCCCAAUUUUAGGUCCUGAGGGGAGUAAUGGCUCCCAACCUAAUAAAACUGAGAAUUCUUUAUCGGUAGAUAUUGAAGGUAUUCAACAUCCCUUGCUCCUCGAGUCCUCUCUAAGAAGCUUGUCCACUGACCCAGUAUUAGAAUCAGGGAGUUCAAUUGGAUUGGAUAGGGGGAAUAGAGCAAUUGAUCCAGGAAGAUUGUCAGAAGGUGGAUCUGACUUUCCCGUGCCCAUAGAUAUCAAGGUCAGGCAUACAGUUAAGGUGGUUGUUAUCUCAGGACCAAAUACUGGAGGCAAAACUGCUUCGAUGAAGACUCUGGGGUUGGCCUCCCUUAUGUCAAAGGCUGGCAUGUAUUUGCCUGCUAAAAACUACCCAAGGCUUCCUUGGUUUGAUCUUGUUCUGGCAGAUAUCGGGGAUCACCAGUCAUUGGAGCAAAAUCUCUCCACCUUCAGUGGGCACAUCUUACGUAUCUGUAAAAUACUGGAAGUGACCUCCAAACAAUCACUUGUUCUCAUUGAUGAAAUUGGGAAUGGGACUGAUCCUUCAGAAGGCGUGGCUCUUUCGGCCAGCAUCUUGCAGUAUCUCAAAGAUCGGGUCAACUUAGCUGUGGUGACAACUCACUAUGCGGAUUUAAGUUCUUUAAAAGAUAAGGAUCCUCAGUUUGAGAAUGCUGCAAUGGAGUUUUGCCUGGAGACUUUGAAGCCUACCUAUCACUUACUCUGGGGAAGCAAAGGUGAUUCCAAUGCUUUGAGUAUAGCAAAAUCAAUUGGCUUUGAUCAAAAAGUGCUUGAUCGUGCACAAAAGUGGCUGGAAAGACUUGAACCCAACAACCAAACGGAACGAAAAGCUUUGCUUUAUCAGUCACUACUGAAGGACCGGAGCAUGUUGGAAGCUCGGGCCAGGAGAGCUGCUUCUCUUCAUUCAGAAAUUAUGGAGCUUUAUCAUGAGAUCCAAGGUGAGGCUGAAGAUCUUGAUCGACGUCUGGUAGCUCUAAAAGCAAAGGAAACCCUGAAAGUCAGACAUGAUGUGAAGGCUGCAAAAUCUCAGAUAGAUGCUGUGGUCCAGAACUUCGAGAACCAACUCAGAAGUGCAAGUCCUGAUCAGUUUAAUAUAUUAACAAGGAAAUCAGAAGCUACUAUUGCAUCCAUUGUUGAAGACCAUUGUAGAAGUAAUGGUUUCGCAAUUGAAGAAACGAAUUGUAGUUCUUAUAUGCCACAAAUUGGAGAACAAGUUCAUGUAAUGGGAUUAGGAGAUAAGUUGGCCACAGUGGUUGAAGCACCUGGGGAUGAUGGGACCAUCCUAGUCCAAUAUGGGAAAAUGAGGGUCCGUGUGAAGCAGAAUAGUAUUAAAGCUCCUCCAAGUAGGGAAACUGCUAGCUCAGCCACACGCCGGAAAAGGCAGGGUCAGCCUCGUAGAAUUCACAAGGAGACCGCUGCAGAGGCAAACAAAGGUGAGGAGUUUUCUUAUGGGCCGGUGGUACAGACGUCAAAGAACACUUUGGAUCUACGUGGAAUGCGGGUUGAUGAAGCUUCUCGCAAUCUCAACAUGGCUAUUGCUGCAAGUAGAUCUCGUACAGUUCUCUUUGUCAUUCAUGGUAUGGGUACGGGUGUUGUUAAGGAGCAAACACUUGAGAUACUACGCAACCAUCCACGCAUUGCCAAGUUUGAACAAGAAAGUCCAAUGAAUUAUGGUUGUACUAUUGCUUACAUCAAGUAGGGACUACUGCUUGGUACGAUGGGGGAAACUCGGUCUGCCACUGGUUUGAGUCCGAGGGCAGCCACUUCAUGCAAAAAAUGCAAAAGUUAGGACUGAUUCCAGCCCCACUCCUUGGACCCUGGCAGUAACAAGUCAAAUGAAUUGUCAAAUUUAUCUUGCCAACAUUUUGACUGCUCAGUUGGAUGGUAGAGUAUUGGAACCUUACAGCUUCAAAACAGAGCCAAUGACCCAGAUUUCUUCUCUCUCUCUCUCUCUCUCUCUCUCUCAUGUUUUCUCUUCAGUUCCACAGAUUACUAUUAUAAGUUGUACAGCAAGGAAACGUUGUAGGGUGCGUGACCCAACCAGAAACAAAUGGUAACCCAUUCCAUGUCUAUUGUUACAAUUCCAAGCCAAUUUGGAUCCCCAGUCCCAACAUUCUCUUUCCAUUAUUGCUGCAUCAAUUUUGUGUACAAGACGACAUAUUUUCUAUGGAGAAUGUUUUCAGGAUAAAA